AUGCCGGCCGACACGCAGCCUUCUCAUGCCGCCACGCCCCCAACUACAGUCCGCCUAAAGUUGGUCAUGCCUGAUCACGGCAACCUCCAGGCGCAGACUGGCAAUCCCAACACACCUGCCGGGGCUCCUCGGGGGUCGGGACACGAGUCUAGUGGCAGCCCGCAGCGCCCAUCCUACUCGCCCGUUACACCCACACUGCCUCACGCCAGCCUGCCGCAUGCCAAUGAUCGCGUUGAACUGCCACCUGCUCAGUUCCUGGAUCAGCCUGACCCGGUACCCAUGAAUUUGGACGACAACCCAGAUGCCAUGGCCUUAAGAGCUACUCUGUCUAUCCUUCAACUUCAACGCCAACAAGCAUUGCGGGAUAUGCGAGACCUCGACAAGAUGAAAGAAGCUGCAAUGGGUGACCCUGAGCAGUUCGUCAAGGACCUCCAGCAGGGUCGAUUGACUCGACCUGGCCGAGAAGGAGUAGAGGUGGAUGUGCUGGAGGAUGCGGAAGAGGAGACCACCACUGCCGGCGGAUCUAAGUUUGGCAAAUUCCCCGCGGCGCAGAAUGUGAUGCGAUGUCCGCCGGUGGAAUGGGCAAAGUAUCACGUCGUCGGCGAUGCGCUGGAUCGUGUACACGAGGUGCAACAGCAUUACCCUGGCUACAGCCAAGAGGAGCAAGGCAGUCAUCCCGGUCGACCUCAACCCCAUACAGUCGCAGCCCCUUAUCGACCCUUCAUUGAUCGCCUUGACAAUACACGAGCAAACCCAAAGUCUUGA